AUGGGGGUUGAUGCUCCGCCCGGACACCUGCCCCCGAGCAUGAUGGCCUUUGAGGCCGAGGGCCCGGGGCAGGGCCGGUCAGCCGAUCCCGGCGACUUCGUCAACUUCUCCGGUCCAUCCCACCCCCACGCUGGGACCUAUCACCUGGCGCCCGGACAUCGAUACCACUUCCACCCAGGGUCAUACCAGCGCCCGAAUGGCGGCAGCUCCGGGGGUCCUGGCGGUGGUGGUGGCGGCGGCGGCGGCGGCGGCAGCAACAGCAGCAGCAGCAGCAGCAGCAGCAGCAGCAGCAGCGCCAGCGGGCAAGACAAUGGCACCAACCAUCCACCCUCCUUCCAGGAGGGCUCUUUUCCCACGGGCGUUGACAGUCAUCAGCACCAUCCCCACGCAGGCAGUCACGGGCACUUUUUCACGUCCCCCAUGCAGCACGAUCAGUUCCCCGGGCAUCCGGGCGAUGGGCCGGCCAUUUACGGCGAUCCUGGAGCCUACUUCGAUCCGGGGGCCAAUGCCUCCUCGUCGGACAUGAACCUCGACGCGCACUUUGACCCGGGCGCCCCACCAUCCCCGGGUCCCGGUGACAAUGACCGGACGCCCCUCCCCCCGGGACCCGGCCCAGAGGCCACCCGGGGGAGGUCCUCCUCGACCGCGGCCUCCUCUUCUUCCUCCUUCUCGGGAUCGAUGGCACAUCAGGCACCGACGCCAUCCCUGUCGCGACUGGUUCCCACCGGAGCCACCUCCUCGCUGGGCAGCUCGCCGCAUGCCCUGCUGGCGGCGUCCAACAUGGCGGCCGUGGCGCAGGGGGUCCCGCGCUUCCGGGUGACCAGCUCCCCCCGGCGCCUGGGCGGGCAUGGGCGUUUGCUGACCGACCCGCCUGCACGGCCCUCGCCGCCCCCCACGCCGGGGCACCUGUCCAAGCCGGCGGUCAAGCCGGCCGCCCCGCCCAAGGCCUUCCCUGUGACCCCGGCCGCCAUGCUGGUGGCCGACCGGAGCGAUUCCAAUCGCCCGCCGCCGCUGCCCACGCCCCCGCAAAUGGGCCAGGCGACCCUGGUCCCGGCGUCCUCGCGCGGGGCUGUUCACCACUUUGCCACGUCGACCACUUCCCUGUCGCCCUCGUUCCUGGCCGAGUCGUCGCGAUCCUUCGCCCGGUCGGCUUCCGGGUCCUUUGGCGGUGGCUUCCACCCCCACCCCCACCACCCUCAUGCCCACCACCACCACCACCACCACCACCACCACCUGCACUAUCCCCAUCAGGGGUAUUCCGCGUCCGCCGGUGCAAGUGGCAACUUCCCCUCUUCGGUGUCGGGUGGCAGUCCGAACUUGGCCACCGGUCAGGGCCCGGGCCCCGGGUUUGGGAAUGCCCCGAAUGGGACCAAUGUUUUGUCGGCCCCAUCGACCCCGUGCUUGGGCUUCCAGCCGGGCACAACUCCCUGCUCGGAAUCGCCGGCGUCGGUGUCGGGCGCAUCGCCAGUUGGGUCCCUGUCGCCAUCGGACUUCCCGGCCGGCUAUCAGCCCUCCCAGCGGGCGCGAUCUUUCUCGCUGUCGGCCGCCUCCGCGCCCUAUGGCGGUGGGCCCGGGGUCGGGCCCAGGCACCGGCCCCAAGCCCCGGCCGCCGAGUUUGGCGAUCCGACCACCAGCUCCGACACCGCGCAGGCCAAUUCCGCUCUCCGGGCGGAUGCCAGCGGCGGUGCCGCCCCCCUGGCCGCCAGUGCCCGGCCGCAGCCCUCCGAAGCCAGCAUCUUCUCGGCCACCUCGGCUGCGUACAUGGCGGCCGCGGCCUCCUUCGCGUCGAAUCCCCAAUUCCAGCUGCUGCCCAAGUUGCGCCCCGCCCCGAGUCCGGCGGCAGCCUCAUCGGCACCCUCCUCGGCCACCGGGGGCUUGGCCCCGGCGUCCGGGGCUUCGAGCUCCGCCACGGCCGGCGCCUCGCCCUCUCCGUCGGCCACUUCGGCGGCACCAGGCCGCGCCGGCGGGCCCAACACCGCCCGGAGCUCGCUGUCCGCCUCGUCAUCCUUCCCCUCAAGGGCCGGUGCUGGCACCGGCUCUGACGCCCCUGAUGCGGAAUCCUCCCCGCCGGUAUCCUCGUCGCCGGUAUCGCACAUGCAUACCCUGUCUGGCGAGUUUAUCAAAUUCGAGAUGGGUGACCCUCGGCAGGUGUCCAUGGUCGACAAACGCGCAAACCAGAACUUCUUCGAGCGCGCUCGGCGGGACAACUUGAACGAGAAGUUUUCCGAGCUCUCGCGCCUGGUGCCAGAGCUCAACCAGAUCCGCAAGCCCUCAAAAAGCGUCAUUCUUCAAAAGUCCGUCGAGUACAUCCGGUCGUUGCAGAACCGGUCGCGCGGGCAAAACCGAGAGCUGCACAACCUCCGGUCGGAGUUGACUCUGCUCAAGAGCACCGUCGGCACGGAGGAGCUCAAGGCCGAGGUGGUCCGCUUGCGCAAGCACUGCGAGUCCCUGGCCCAGGAGAACUUCGCUCUCCGACAUGAGCUUGGCUCGAUGGCCACCGGCGAGGCCUUCGAUCCGACCCUGGAGGCCGACGGGGGCCCCUCUCGUCCGGCGACCGGCGUGUCGUCUCCCUUCGAAUCAUCGGCCAUGACGAUGUCCCCCUCGGGGCAGGCAUGCUCCCCGGCCCUCGACUCGCCCUUCAUCCAGUCGAUGAGAUCCUGCUCGCCGAUGCAUGCGUCGUCCGCACACUCGCGGUCUUCCUCGCUGCCGGCCGUUCGGCGAACCCCCUCGCUGGAUGAGCGCGGUGAUCGGGUUUUCAUGGCGGCUCCGGGGGAGCCGUGGCCCGGUGGGGCUUUCCCGGGCGAGCCUCCCGAGUACUCGGAUUAUCGGCGUCCAAUGCACCCGGUGGAUCAGGGGCCCUUUUCGCACUCGCCCUUCGGGCAACGGCCCGCCCCUCCGGCCCAACCUAAUGCGCCCUUCGCCCCGGAGCCCGGGCACCGACAUGCCGAGGGCUCUGGCUUCCACCACUUGGCCCACUCGGGCGAAUCGCGCUUCCCCUUGUCCCACCCCCAUCAUCAGUUUUCGUCGGCCACCCCCGCGGCCAAUCGGGGGCCCUUCUACGACUCGGCCUUCACCGAGUCGGGGUCUUUCCAUGAGCAGCAGGUAGGCCAUCAUCACCAUCCAUACCACCAUGGUCCGCCGCCGCCGCCGCCGCCACCGCCGCCGCCACCACCACCGCCACCGCCGCCACCGCCGCCGCCGCCUUCCUCCGAGCCCAAUGAUCGCCAUCUGCCUGCUCCGCAGAGUGGCGGCCCGGUGCUGCCAUCGCAUUCGCACCUGCAGCCGCACCCCCCAGGCACUGAGGGAUCGGAGAGUGGCACUGCCGGGCUGACCUCGGCCGGGGUGUCGGACAUCCUGCCGAAGGAGGACACCCAGCCGCCAUCCACGCAAAGUGCCCCAUCGGCGGGGUUGCAAGAUGUGCCGCCGCCCACACAUGACCCGGCUGCCGACCCGGCCGGGGCGGUCCCCUUCUCCGGGUAUUCGUUCUCCGGCCUGGGCGCCGCAUCGGCGGAGGGCUAUCCCCUUGCCUCGCCACACUGGGCUCCGCCGCAUCCCCACUUGCAGCAUUAUCCCUUCCCGGAGGCCGUGUCCAUGGGCGGGUCCCUUUCUUCGCUCGGGGGCAACCCGGCGCCGGGGGCCAUUCCCUCCCCGAGCACGUCCACUGGCGGCCCGGCGCCGGAGGCCCUGGCCGCGGCAUUGGUUUCUUCCUCACAAUCGCGAAGCACGCAAGAACAGCUGUUCGGCGCGCGGACGCGCGCUGGUCGAGUGUCAUCGACCGGCGACUCGGCAUCUCGCCCCCGCACGGGAUGCUCUCCUCAGCCGCCACCCUUCAGCGAGCCGAUGGAGAAGCGCCCGGCCCUCUUUUUGCCCUUUUCCGGUCCUGACGGCCGCCCAGCUGCCGCGUCACGUCCCCCCGCCGGGAUGGAUACUGGAGCCUCGCCUGACAUGGAAGCCGGCUUCACCUUCGCUGGUGAUUCGGUCGUUGGACCGGUCGAGUCGGCAGCCGAGCUGUACAUGAUGCAGUCCCAGAUUGACUUUAAGCUUCGCCGGCAGAGUUUCCAGGAGAUGUCCACCCGGCAUCUGUCCCCUGAGCCACCGACCCCCUCGGCAAGUUAGUGCGUGCAUGCGUGCGUGCGUGCGU